AUGGACGCUUCAACGUCCAACCAGGCGGUCGUCUUCUCGACCCAGACGCCCUAUCCACUGCCGUCUCAAAAGUAUAUGAUCCCAACGACAUGGAGACGGUACCACCUUUCACAGCUCGUGAACAAGGCUUUGGGUCUCGCCAAACCUGUUCCAUUUGACUUUCUGGUCAAGGGAGAAAUCCUGCGCACGACGAUAGCAGAAUGGUGUGCAGAAAACGGCGUUGGAGAGGAAGAAACGCUCGAAAUCGAGUAUAUCGAAUCUGUGUUACCACCACAGAGGCUAUCAGAGUUCCCGCAUGAGAGCUGGGUUUCUGCUGUUUCGUGUUCACUCCCAACACAUUUCUUGACCACAGCUUAUGACGGCCACCUUCGCGCUUUCGACCUUUCGAAAAACGUUACGCUUGACGCAGCUCUGCAUUCAGCCCCAAUCACGUCCUUCUCAGUUAUCUCCUCCACAGUCGACACCUACAAACUCGCGACAUCCUCUCUAGACCUCACCGCUCAAAUCAGCGAAAUCACACUCGGAGAGCCGCAGUCUUCGAGCAGCAACAAGGUUCUCGCCAGCUUGCACCUCCACACGGCACCAGUCUCCUCUAUCGCUGCCAACCCAUCCGGAACCCAACUCUUGACGUCCUCCUGGGACAGCCUCAUCGGCGUCUGGGACACAACCAUCCCACCCAAACACGAAGUACCCGAACCCACCAUCACCGCCGCCGACCAACGUACCAAAAAACGACGCAAAGUCGACCCUUCGUCCGGUGACUCUUCCUCGCCCACCGCCAUCCGUAAAGCACCUCUCACAGUCCUCAAAUCGCACAUCGGGCGUGUCUCCAAGGUCGCCUGGCUCUCCCCCACCCAAGGCGUGAGCUGCGGCUUCGACUCGACGCUACGCACAUGGGACGUCGAGCGCGGAUUGUGCACGCGCACGAUCUCGGCUUCUGAAAAGCCGUUCUUGGAUCUGGCUGUGAAUGUGGAGAACCAGACGGCGUUGACGGUGUCGACGGACAGGACGAUGACGUUGUACGAUCUGAGGACCGAGGAGGCGUUGUCGGCUGCUGCGGGGUCGUUCCUUCAUCCCGCGACGCCGUCGUGUGUGGCUACUACGCCAGAGUCGAGUUACCAGGUUGUGACGGGUGCGUAUGAUGGGGUGGUUAGGGUGUGGGAUACGAGGAGCACGAAGGCGGCGAUUUCGUCGUUCAAGGCGUGGGAUGGGACGAAGAAGGUUUUGGCGGUGGAUUGGAAGCGCGGUGUUAUUGGUAUUGGAGGCGAGGGUGGGUUGGAUGUUUGGAAGGUUGGUUUGGAGAAUGAGACCCAGGGCUUGUCGAAGGAAAGUCAAAGGUCGGCUUAG